AUAAUGAACAUGGCAGCUGAGAAACCCACCACACUGUCUAAGCGUAUGCACAAAACAAUUGUUAACUGAAAGUAAAGCUAGUAAGCAAGCAUUGCUUAUAAACUCCUUAAGAGACAAACCAUUUUCGUUCUUAGAGCUCUUUUUCUCUCUCACUCUCUACAACUUUGCUAAUAUUAUCAAUGGCUGAUCUGAACACGUCAAUUUUGUCUUCCAAAUCGCUGUACAACACCCGCUUUCUCUCUGCUGCUACCUCUCAACUCCAUAUCCAACCUGCCUUUUCUUUCUUCCCAAGCUGGAAGAGGAUCAACCUCCUCACACCCGUCCAUCCCAUUUCCGCUGUGAAAGCAGCCAACAAGCCAUCGUCGUCUUCAUCGAAGGUUUCAGUGCCAUCAGCGGCGAGUGCUGGAAAGUGGAGUCCAAAUAGUUGGAGAUCACGGAGGCUGUUGCAGAUUCCUGAGUACCCAGAUAAGGAUGAGCUGGAGUCGGUACUGAAUACCAUCGAGAACUUCCCUCCUAUCGUGUUCGCUGGCGAGGCGAGGAGCUUGGAGGAGAGGUUGGCUGAGGCGGCCAUGGGAAGUGCAUUUCUAUUGCAAGGUGGUGAUUGUGCGGAGAGUUUCAAGGAGUUCGGUGCCAACAAAAUAAGGGACACCUUUACACUACUUCUCCAGAUGGGUGUUGUUCUUAUGUUUGGUGGACAAAUGCCUGUUAUCAAGGUGGGCAGAAUGGCUGGUCAAUUUGCAAAGCCAAGAUCAACGGAUUAUGAGGAACAAGAUGGAAUGAAGCUGUUCAAGUACAAAGGGGAUCUUAUAAAUGGUGCUGCAUUUGAUGAGAAAUCUAGAACUCCAGAUCCUCAGAGAUUGAUAAGGGCUUACUGCCAGUCUGCAGCUACACUCAACCUUCUUAGGGCCUUUGCAACCGGUGGGUAUGCUUCCUUGCAAAGGGUUACUAAGUGGAAUCUUGAUUUUGCCCAGCAUAGUCAACAAAGAGAUAGGUAUAAGGAGCUCGCGCAUCGAGUGGAUGAGACCUUAGGAUUUAUGGAUGCUGCUGGACUUACAACUGACCAUACUAUCAUGACAAAAACAGAAUUCUGGACAUCGCAUGAGUGUUUGCAUUUAGCUUAUGAGGAAGCACUCACAAGGAAGGAUUCAACUUCUGGUCUGUACUAUGAUUGCUCUGCCCACAUGGUUUGGGUUGGGGAGCGUACUCGCCAAUUGGAUGGUGCACACGUAGAGUUCCUAAGAGGAGUUGCCAAUCCUCUUGGCAUUAAGGUGAGCGAAAAAAUGGAUCCAAAAGAGCUGGUUAAGCUGAUAGAGAUAUUAAAUCCUCGUAACAAGCCUGGAAGGAUCACAGUAAUUUCGAGGAUGGGUGCGGAGAACAUGAGAGUGAAGUUUCCUCAUUUGAUCAGAGCUGUCCGUCAAGCAGGGCAAAUUGUAACAUGGGUCUGUGAUCCCAUGCAUGGGAACACCAUCAUAGCUCCCUGCGGACGAAGAGCACGUCCUUUUGAUGCCAUUCUUGCUGAGGUGAAAGCAUUCUUUGAUGUGCAUGAUGAAGAAGGGAGUCAUCCGGGAGGAAUACAUCUGGAGAUGACUGGACAGAACGUGACGGAGUGUAUCGGAGGGUCUCGGACGGUGACUCUGGAUGACCUGAGCUCACGAUACCACACACAUUGUGACCCUAGACUGAAUGCUUCUCAGUCUCUUGAGCUGGCCUUUAUUAUUGCUGAACGCCUGAGGAACAGAAGAAUAUUGGCAGCUCCACGUUUACUUUUUUAAGACAGUGGCUCUUAUGACAUAUCCUGGUGUAUUUUUUGUUUUUUUGGACGAAACAUCUUGAUGCAUUUUAGUAGUAAAAAAAAUUCUAAGGGUAUCAUAUCUAUACAUAUAUAUAUAUAUAUAUAUUGUUUUUGCUUCAAAUAAGGGCUGUAGUUUUUAACCAUCUAUAAAUUUGAAUUUUAUAAGGUAUAUAUAGUCA